AUGACAACUACAGCUGCACCAACGAUAACAACAGCUGCCACAACGGCUGCCGCAACGACAACCACUGCUGCAUCAACAACAACCACAACUGCACCAACGACAACCACAGUUGCACCAGCAACUACAGCUGCAUCAUCAGCCACCACAGCUGCACCAACGACAACCACACUGCACCAACAACCACCGCAGUUGCACCAACAACAACCACGGGUGCACCAACAACAGCCACAGUUGCUCCAACAACCACAGCUGCACCAACAACAGCCACAGUUGCUCCAACAACCACAGCUGCACCAACGACAACCACAGUUGCUCCAACAACCACAGCUGCACCAACAACAACCACAACUGCACCAACGACAACCACAGUUGCCGCAACAACAACCACAGCUGCACCAACGACAACCACACUGCACCAACAACCACAGCUGCCGCAAUGACAACGGCUGCCGCAACAACAACCACAGCUGCAUUAACAACUACCACAGCUCCAUCAACGACAACCACAACUGCACCUACGACAACCACAGCUGCCGCAACGACAACGGCUGCCGCAACAACAACCACAGCUGCAUUAACAACUACCACAGCUCCAUCAACGACAACCACAACUACACCAACAACAACCACAGCUCUGCACCAACAACCACCACAGCUGCCGCAACAACAAUCACAGCUGCACCAACGACAACCACAGCUGCACCAACAACAACCACAGCUGCACCAACAACCACAGCUGCCGCAACGACAACCACAGCUGCACCAACGACAACCACAGCUGCAUCAACGACAACCACAGUUGCACCGACAAUAACCACAGCUGCACCAACAACAACCACAGCUGCACCAACAACCACCACAGCUGCACCAACGACAACCACAGCUGCACCAACAACAACCACAGCUGCACCGACAAUAACCACAGCUGCACCGACAACCACAGCUGCACCAACAACAACCACAGUUGCACAAACAACAACCACAGUUGCACCGACAAUAACCACAGCUGCCACAACAACCACAGCUGCACCAACAACAACCAUAGCUGCACCAACGACAACCACAAUUGCCGCAUUAACAACAACAGCUGCACCAACGACAACCACAGCUGCCGCAACAACAACCACAGCUGCACCAACAACAACCAUAGCUGCACCAACGACAACCACAAUUGCCGCAUUAACAACCACAGCUGCCGCAACGACAACCACAACUGCACCAACAACAACCACAGCUGCACCAACAACAACCAUAGCUGCACCAACGACAACCACAACUGCCGCAUUAACAACCACAGCUGCCGCAAUGACAACCACAACUGCACCAACAACAACCACAGCUGCACCAACAACCACAGCUGCACCAACAACAACUACAGUUGCACCAACAACAACUACAGUUGCACCGACAACAACCACAGCUGCACCAACAACAACCAGCUGCCACAACAACAACCACAGCUGCACCAACAACAACUACAGCUGCCGCAACAACAACCGCAGCUGCACCAACAACAACAACAGUUUCACCAACUACAGCUGCACCAACAACAACCACAGCUGCACCAACAACUACAGCUGCACCAACAACAACCACAGCUGCACCAACAACAACCACGGCUGCACCAACAACAACCAUGGCUGCCGCAAUGACAACCACAGCUGCCACAACGACAACAGCUGCCACAACAACAGCUGCACCAAUAACCACAGCUACCACAACAACAACCACAGCUGCACCAACAACUACAGUUGCACCGACAACAACCACAGCUGUACCAACAACCACAGCUGCAUCAAUGACAACCACAGCUGCCGCAACGACAACCACAGCUGCAGCAAUCACAACCACAGCUGCACCAACAACCACAGCUACCACAACAACAACCACAGCUGCACCAACAACAACCACAGCUGCCGCAAUGACAACCACAGCUGCCGCAAUGACAACCACAGCUGCCGCAACAACAACCGCAGCUUCUGCAACAACAACCACAGCUGCACCAACAACAACCACAGCUGCACCAACAACCACAACUGCCGCACCAACAACCACAACUGCCGCAACAACAACCACAGCUGCUGCAACGACAACCACAGCUUCCGCAACGACAACCACAGCUUCCGCAACAACAACAGCUGCCGCAAUGACAACCACAGCUGCCGAAACGACAACCACAGCUGCACCAGCAACCACAGCUACCACAACAACAACCACAGCUGCACCAACAACUACAGUUGCACCGACAACAACCACAGCUGCACCAAUGACAACCACAGCUGCUGCAACGACAACCACCGCUGUAGCAAUCACAACCACAGCUGUAGCAAUCACAACCACAGCUGCACCAACAACCACAGCUGCACCAACAACAACCACAGCUGCAGCAAUGACAACCACAGCUGCCGCAACAACAACCGCAGCUGCUGCAACAACAACCACAGCUGCACCAACAACAACCACAACUGCCGCACCAACAACAACUACAGUUGCAACAACAACCACAGCUGCCACAACGACAACCACAGCUUCCGCAACAACAACAGCUGCCGCAAUGACAACAGCUGCCGCAAUGACAACCACAGCUGCCGAAACGACAACCACAGCUGCCGCAACAACAACCACAGCUGCACCAACAACCACAACUGCCGCACCAACAACCACAACUGCCGCAACAAUAACCACAGCUUCUGCAACGACAACAGCUGCCGCAAUGACAACCACAGCUGCCGCAACGACAACCACAGCUGCACCAACAACCACAGCUGCACCAACAACAACCACAGCUCUACCACCAACAACUACAGUAACACCGACAACAACCACAGCUGCUCCAACAACAACCAUAGCUGCACCAAUGACAACCACAAUUGCCACAUUAACAACCACAGCUGCCGCAACGACAACCACAGCUGCACCAACAACCACAGCUGCACCAACGACAACCACAGUUGCCGCAUUAACAACCACAGCUGCACCAACGACAACCACAGCUGCACCAAUGACAACCACAGCUGCACCAACAACAACCACAGUUGCACCGACAACAACCACAGUUGCACCAACAACCACAGCUGCUGCAACAACAACCACAGCUGCACCAACGACAACCACAGCUGCACCAGCAACCACAGCUACCGCAAUGACAACCACAGCUGCCGCAACAACAACCGCAGCUGCUGCAACAACAACCACAGCUGCACCAACAGCAACAAUCACAGUUGCAUCAUCAACCACAGCUCCCGCUGCUACAACCACGGGUGCUGCAACUAUAACUACAGGUUCUGGAACAACUGCUGCAGGUUUGGCAACUACAACUACAGCCACAGCAGCAACAGGAGCACAAACUACAACCAUCGGGUCCAGAACAACUACUGCAGGUGUUGCAACGACCACAGCCAGAAGAACUACAGCUGCCACAACUACAACCACCAGUGCAGCGCCUACAACCACCAGUGCAGCGCCUACAACCACCAGUGCAGCGCCUACAACCACCAGUGCAACGCCUACAACCACCAGUGCAGCGCCUACAACCACCAGUGCAGCGCCUACAACCGCAGGAGCUGCACCAACCAACAGCACUGGUGGAACAACCUCCGCUGCUGCCUCAUCUGUAGUCAUCAGCAGAACAGGUUUAUUGUUAAUCGUUGCCAUGGUGACGGCUGUUCUCUGGUACUGAGACCUGGACAUUAACCACAUAAUUUACAUAAUGUUUACAAAAUUUAAAUCUGAAUUCAUAUUUAUUCAAAACAAAAUCAGUCGGUUUUCAUUAAUUCAUCAUCACAUUUAUUUAUCAUUUAUUAUCUCCAUGUCUGAUUAAUACUGUGCUGAUAUUGAAACUGUGAUUUUCCAUCUUUAAUAUUAUUUAAUUGAAUGCAGGUUGCAGGUCAACAUAUUCAGUUGAACUCUUAUUUGCAUCCAGACAGAAUCCACUGAGCAGACACUGAGUGGACACAAAUAGAUGAACAGAAACUACAUGUUAUUUGGAUAUUUGGACCAAUGCCAGCGUUCUGCAGGGAUUAUUCUGUGCCCUGUGACUGUAACAGAUAAUAUCCAGUAUUAAACGUAAUA